GCAGUAAACCGGUUGGUUGGUUUGAGUUGAAUUUUUAUUUAGGUUGUGUAUGUGCCGCCGAUAAUAUGCGCUGUUUACUGGGUCGACGCCAUGGCCUGUGUCAGCCUUCGUUUUUCAAAGGUUUCAUCGCAAGUACUUUAUUCUUUGGAAUGCUGAUGUUUCACCAACAAACUUUGUAUGUAGGGACUUCACCCCAAAAGGAAGACACCAUUUUCUUCACAAGUCAUGUUUCCACCGAUAAAGAUGCAAAGGCGACUUCUGCAAACUCGAGUAACAUGACGUCUGGGUUACCUGUGGUUUUCAAACCAUCCCCGCUUGAGAAGGAGAAUAAUGUUGAGACGGGCCAUUAUUUGGAAAAGGGAUAUGAGACGAACGCAAUUCUAAUCGCCGGUCACAAACGAAAUGAUCAACCCUACUUGGUGAUCGGCGUACCUACGGUACAACGUAGCGAAGCAAGUUACCUAAUGGAUACCCUUCAAGCGUUGAUUGACGGGCUCGACGAAAACGACAAAAAACACGUGAUGGUUGUUGUAUUCGUGGCAGACCUAGAUAAUUCAAAUCACGCUGCAAAAAUGUCUCAGCAGUUAUCCAAGAAAUUCUCCAAAGAAUUAGAUUCAGGACUGAUUCAGGCGGUCACAGCCCCCGCCUCAUACUACCCUAAGCUCACUGGUCUACCACAGCUCUACCAGGACUCACCACAGCGAGUGUACUGGCGCUCCAAGCAAUGCGUAGACUAUGCCUUCCUUUUCGGCUACGCAGGAAGCCUUGGAAAAUACUACAUGCAACUAGAAGAUGACGUCAUAGCUAGGAAAGGAUACUUUAAAGCUACAAAGAAUUUCAUUAAUAGGAAUGUCGGAAGAGAGUGGCUGUUUUUAGAGAUGGGCUAUACGGGCUUUAUUGGAAUGGUUUUUAAGAGCAAAGAUACACGUCGGCUUUCUGUGUUUUAUAAAAUGUACUAUUGGGUCUGGCCGAUCGAUUUCCUGUUUCGUCAUUUUAGUACGUUUGAUUUGUACGGGAACAAUCCGAGAUAUCACCCGCCGCAGUUUGUCCACAUAGGAAAAGUGUCUUCUCUCAAAGGACAAAUUCGUAAACUAACGAGCGAAGAAAUGCUCGUAGCGCAAAUAAAACCUGAGCAGAAGGCUUUCCACUUGCAUGAAAACCCACCCGCGAAAAUAAGCACCACCAUGACAAAAACUGUGGAUAAUAUCGACAUACGAACCGCGUAUAGCGGACAAGAGCACGUUUCUGGUUUCUGGUCCAAAACUGUGCAAAAUGGCGACAGUAUCACGAUAAUUUUCAAUGAAACAAUGAACAUAUACAAAGCGGUUUUUAUCUCAGGGAAUAGAAUGUCCCCUCAGGAUAGCUUUGGCUCAGUUCGAUUAGAAACAAGCCAAGCCUCUGCUAAUGGAAGUUGUGAGAUAUUUGUGAAAUGGAAAGACUUUAACAAUAAAGCAAAUGUAACUGCAGAGAUGCCUACGAACGAGGCCAUUACCUGUAAAUGUCUAAGAUUGGUGAUUACCCAAUACAAAGUCGACAAUCUGAAGCGAAUACGAUGGUUAGCAAUAAGAGAAAUAGCCGUCUGGGCGACAAGCACGAAUUAAAGGGGAAGUCUCAACUUCCCAUGAUGCAUGGCCAGUGUUGUCUUCAAUGAAACACGAAAGCAUUUUUUGGAAGUUUAUUGGUGCUACGGAGCACCAGCACUCAAAACACCAGGUGGAACAAAAGCCAAAAACAAAGACCUUAAAACGAAAAAUAAAAUAGGGCACAAAGGCCUUGAUCACCAAAAACAAAGCUCUCCAUAACACCAACAUUAAACUGAUUUUAAAAAAGAAAA